ACGAAACACAAAACGACACCGUUUAACUCCCAACAAAAUUCGCAGAUAUAAACGACACCGUUUAACUCCCAACAAAAUUCGCAGAUUAUCGCAUCAGUACAUAUAUAUAACCCUUCGAAACUCAGUCCACAAACCCUAGUCCCUUUUCUCUUUCUCUUUCCUCCAUUGAAGAAGAAGAAGAAGAAGCCCUCUUUUCAAAAAAUGGCUUCGCGAAGGAUCUUAUCCUCGCUUCUCAAAUCCUCCGCCGUACGCAGAUCACCGAUCGGAACUCCAAGGAUUUCCCCAACCACCGCUCGCGCUGCUUCUCCACACGGUUACCUUCUUAAUCGCGUAGCCGAAUACGCCACAUCUGCUGCUGCGGCUCCAGCGGCUUCGGCUCCGGCUCCACCAGCUGCUAAGGAUGCUGUCAAGGGUGGUAAGAUUACUGAUGAGUUUACUGGUGCUGGUUCGAUCGGUCAAGUUUGCCAGGUUAUUGGUGCUGUUGUUGAUGUUAGAUUUGACGAAGGAUUGCCUCCGAUCUUGACUGCUCUUGAGGUUCAGGGCUUCUCGAUCCGUUUGGUGCUUGAGGUUGCUCAGCACUUGGGUGAGAAUAUGGUUCGGACUAUUGCUAUGGAUGGUACUGAAGGUCUUGUUAGAGGACAGAAAGUUCUCAACACUGGCUCGCCUAUUACUGUUCCCGUCGGUAGGGCUACCCUUGGUCGUAUUAUAAAUGUUAUUGGGGAGCCAAUUGACCACAGAGGCGAUAUUAAAACCGAUCACUAUUUGCCCAUUCAUAGAGAAGCCCCAGCUUUUGUUGAGCAAGCAACUGAGCAACAGAUCCUUGUUACUGGAAUUAAGGUUGUUGACCUUCUUGCACCUUACCAAAGGGGAGGAAAGAUUGGUCUUUUCGGUGGUGCUGGUGUCGGUAAAACUGUGCUUAUUAUGGAACUUAUUAACAACGUAGCUAAAGCUCAUGGUGGUUUCUCUGUGUUUGCUGGUGUUGGUGAAAGAACCCGUGAGGGUAAUGACUUGUACAGGGAAAUGAUUGAGAGUGGUGUCAUUAAGCUAGGAGAGAAGCAGAGUGACAGCAAGUGUGCCUUGGUGUACGGUCAAAUGAAUGAGCCCCCGGGUGCUCGUGCUCGUGUUGGACUUACUGGGCUAACUGUUGCUGAGCAUUUCCGUGAUGCUGAAGGACAAGAUGUGCUUCUAUUUAUUGACAACAUUUUCCGAUUCACUCAAGCUAACUCUGAGGUGUCUGCUUUGCUUGGACGUAUCCCAUCUGCCGUCGGUUACCAACCUACUCUAGCUACCGAUCUUGGAGGACUUCAAGAACGUAUUACAACCACCAAGAAGGGUUCCAUUACCUCUGUCCAAGCUAUUUAUGUGCCUGCUGAUGAUUUGACAGAUCCUGCCCCUGCUACUACUUUUGCUCACUUGGAUGCCACCACGGUGUUGUCACGACAGAUCUCCGAGCUUGGUAUCUACCCCGCUGUCGACCCUCUAGAUUCUACAUCUCGUAUGCUCUCACCUCACAUUUUGGGUGAAGACCACUACAACACUGCUCGUGGUGUCCAGAAGGUUCUUCAGAACUACAAGAAUCUUCAAGAUAUUAUUGCCAUUUUGGGUAUGGAUGAGCUCAGUGAAGAUGACAAGUUGACUGUUGCCCGUGCUCGUAAAAUCCAGAGAUUCUUGAGUCAGCCCUUCCAUGUUGCUGAAGUAUUCACUGGUGCCCCCGGUAAAUAUGUUGAGUUGAAGGAGAGCAUUGCCAGCUUCCAGGGUGUGUUGGACGGUAAGUUCGACGAUCUUUCAGAACAAGCUUUCUACAUGGUUGGAGGUAUCGAAGAGGUGAUAGCCAAGGCCGAGAAGAUUGCCAAGGAAAACGCUUAAGCUCGGUUCUUCUUUCUUUUUCUUUCUUUUUUUUCUCUCCUUUGUCUUGAUAGUUGCGAAAAAUCAAUAAUUUGAGGAGCUGCUGGCGAUGAUGCCGCCGGUAAAACAGGAUUGAUUAUUUUUUUUUUGAGGACAAAAACUCUGUAAGAGGAUUUACUUACCAUUUCUGUUUAAAAAAAGAAGCUUAAAUUGCAGCAGCAGAGUGUUUUUGAAGGAAAAUGGAUAAUUGGGUCCAAUGUCCUAACCCCUUCUUCUCUUGUUUAUUUUCUUAUUAUUGGGUCCUUUAAUAAGGGGAAAGAAAGGACAUGUAAAUUUUUUCUUUUCUCAGUACAUUUUGAUUAAAUGCACUGAUAAUUUAGUACCA